CUGGUCCUUGCUCCUGUCUGGGUACCAGCUUUCCUUCAGCAGUGCAGACGGCAGAGCCUGAGGCCAGUGGAAAGAGGAGUCAGCUUGUCGAAAUUUUGCAGCAGUAAUUGUAUUCAAAGAGAAAUAAAUCGGGGAAAAAAGGAAAAGAAAAGAAGGAAGAAAGGAAGAAAGAGAGAUUCACAAGAUGAAACCCUGUCAAAAAACUGAAGGAAAACCAGAAAAUGAGAGUGAACCAAAGCUUGAAGAAGAUACAAAGCCUGAGGAAAAGCCAGACUUGGAAGAAGAGCCAGAGGAGGAGGAAAAACCGGAAGGAACUUUUAGAGAGAGAUUGAUUCAGUCUCUCCAAGAAUUUAAAGAAGAUAUACACAACAAGCAUUUAAGCAAGGAAGAUAUGUUUAGAGAAGUGAAUGAAAUAGAUGAGAUAAGGAGAGUAAGAAACAAACUUAUAGUGAUGCGUUGGAAGGUUAACCGAAACCAUCCUUAUCCCUAUUUAAUGUAGUUUGCCUUGAUUUUAAUUUUUUAUAAUAUUAACAUUUUAAUAUAGCUUUUCUUUGAUUUGCAUUUUCCUGUUAUACCUUUUUCCAUCUUUCUACUUUUAAUUUGUUGCUAGUACUGAUUUUAUAUGCAUCAAGUCUUGUUAAUCUGCAUCUCAUUGUUUAUCAUAUUUUGAACCAAUAACCUUUUAAUAAGAGAGCUUUACUCAUUUGCACAAAAAGAGGUUUCCGACAGAAUAUAAAAUAAAAAAGUUACUAAUAUGUGAAUAUCAUAUUUUUGAAAGGAAUAAUACAUUUGUAUAUUACUUAUAUGCAAAGAAAAAUGUGUGAAGGAUGAAAAGACAAAAAGUAUAGUCAGUGGUAGGAUUUUUGUUCUGCUUAUUUGUAUUUUUCCUUAUUCCUAGAAUGUACACACAUUAUUGUUAAAAUAAUAAAAGUUAUAUAACAAAA